GUGAAACUUUCGCCAUUGUCCUGGGAAAAGGCGCAACUAUGCUCCUCCGUUGGAAUACUUUAUCGCACACUGCACAGGAGAUAACUUCUUGAUGAAUGUUUGGUUUUUCGAUCAGCGAACGCUAGACGAGGGAAAAAUGAGGCAUGAUCUCUCGUCGCUCAUCAACGGCGCAUUUCUUGUUGAAAGCACAAAGACGAAGCGUCAUUGUGCUUUCGUAACCUUGCUGAAUUGCCGAAAAACAGUUAGCCACGCAAUGGAACUAUACAAGAAGAACCAAGCUUCGCGUCGCGUCAGCAUCGACGUCGACGGUGACUGUCGUGGAAAAAUAACAGUCUCGUCCGAGUUUCACUUAAAGUUGUCGUCCCGCUUGAAAUUGCUGGGACAGGCCCUUGGUCAUCGUCGGGAAGUAUCGACAUUUGGUAUCUUAAGAUAAAACAGUUGAUUGGAAAAGUUCUUUAAAGAACAGUAAGAGGGAAUGUAAGAACACUGUGUAGAAUCUAUCGGAUAACUUUUUAACUACAAAUUGUAUUACAACGCAAAUUACCUAUAAUAUUAUUCUUAGCGAACAUUAAUUUGAAUAAUAUCGCUUUCAAAGUUUAUCAUUUUCAAUAUUACCACCGGAUUAAUUUUUUAAAAUAUGUGUAAAUGUAUUUUUACAUUCGCUAUUAUCUACUUAUUCAGUUUAAAACCAUAGUUAAACAGAAAGUGUACACGUGUGCGCGCGCGCGA